GCUCGUCUUGGCUCCAGUGCGCACGCGUAGUGUCGGCGCUCUACUCUGGAACAUGGCGGCGCGUUCGCUGUGGGCGGUGCAGCGGCUGCAGCGCCUCCUGGCCUCGGGGGCUGUGUCUGAGAGCAGGGGAUGGCUACAUCCAUUCAGCAUGGCCACCCAAAGAACUGCUGGGGAAGACUGCAGCUCCGAGGACCCUCCUGAUGGACUUGGUCCCUCCCUUGCUGAACAGGCCUUAAGGCUGAAAGCCGUUAAACUGGAAAAAGAAGUCCAGGAUUUAACACUGAGAUACCAGAGAGCUGUCGCUGAUAGUGAAAACAUAAGGAGAAGAACCCAGAGAUGUGUGGAGGACGCGAAGAUAUUUGGAAUCCAGAGCUUCUGUAAGGACCUGGUGGAGGUGGCAGACAUUUUGGAGAAGACUACCGAGUGCUUUUCAGAAGGAGCCCAGCCUGAGGACCACAAGCUUACUCUGGAAAAAGUCUUCCAAGGACUGUCCCUGUUAGAAGCAAAGCUGAAAAGUGUGUUUACCAAACAUGGCCUAGAGAAAAUGACACCCAUUGGCGACAAAUACGACCCUCAUGAGCAUGAACUCAUCUGUCACAUGCCAGCAGGUGUUGGGGUGCAGCCUGGCACCGUGGCAUUAGUUCGGCAGGAUGGCUACAAACUUCAUGGCCGCACCAUUAGACUUGCACAAGUGGAAGUGGCAGUGGAGUCUCAGAGAAGGCUCUGAACAGGUCACUGGAACCAAACCCUCUCCCAGAGUCAGGCACCUAUGUCUCCUUUAUUUAUUAAGCUGGUUUGUAUUAUACAUGAGGUCCUUCGUGUGCUCCGUUUCAGACUUAGUCACAUUGGCUGUAUCUCUACAGUGUCUUACUGGGUUUAUGUGACCUGUUAAGUCUCAUCGGGAAUCCUGCCACUAGGCAUUCGAACAGUAUGAUGAGUGUCAUGUGGCCUUUAUCAAAAUGUUUACAAAAAUCACUUAAAUUGGUACUCUGAUGACUGAAUCCAAAAUCUUCUCACCUGUGUUUUCCUCUAGCCAUAGGAAUUAGUGCAGCAUCUUGUAUCUUGUAUUUUUUGAGAAAGGGAAAUGGUAGGGAUUGGUUUGGCAUUUAGAUACGUAGAUGGAAAUGCCUUAACCUUGUAUAAAUUUAGAUCAUUUGGGCUAGCAUGUAGACAGAUUUCCCAGGGCUCCUUUUUUAUUUCACUUUUCCAGUCAUCUCUUGUGUUUGUAUUCCCUGCCAGGGUCACACUCAUGCUGUUUUAUAGCCAACCCUUUCUGGUCCCUUUUAGAAGGGGUAAAGGAUCAGGCCAGUCUUCCUUUCUUAUUGUUAGUCAGGUAAAUGAAUACAUUUCUCAUUAAACUGGGCUCAAGUCUAAGAAUAGGCAGUCCCUGGUUACCUUGACAACAAAACCAAUCCCAGGGAGACCAAAAGCCUCCAUACAUCUCAAAUUGAAGAAAUAGACUUUGGGGACCAGGCAUGAUGGCUGUCAAUUCAAAAAUAAAAACAAAAUAUUAAGGUGGAUCUUUUUUUUUUUUUUACAGUAUAUAAUUUACACAAAAGUAAUUGCAUCCCUUGCAUGGACUCAGAAUGAACCGGGCCAUCCUUUCUGGAUUAGGGUGUGGGGCUGCUUUGGAGAUGACAAGAGACUUCCUAUAGCAGCAGAAACAAAAGUAAAUACAAUCAAAGUCCUCGGGCACAUUGUAAUACAGUUGCUGCUACCUUCACCAUUCCAAUUUUUAAAUCCUGAGUCAAAAGCACCAAGAAAAGGAAAAUUUCUAUAUAUUUAUUAUUGAUAAAAGGAAGAAAAUUGUCUCAGUUCUGCAUAUGUUUUGUUAGGAAAAGAUGUGACACAGCUCCAUCACUGUCGACCUAGAAUCAUUUGCAGUUCACAAAGGAAGGGCUGGCCAUAUUCCCUGUGUUCUUCCUGGGUGAACCGUAUGUAUCUCCUGGAAGAUGGACAGUAAGGCCGAGGUGACUGCCCAUCUACACAGGGUACUUGUACUCGGGGAGCAAUGAUGUGGAUUUUCAUAGUACUAGAAGCCAGAGAAGUGAUCUGCAUCCUGUAGUGAUCAGUGUCUUCGAACAUGGGGGUACCACCAGACAGCACUGUGUUGGCAUUGAAAUUGUUGACAUUGACAUCACAUUUAAUGAUGGAAUGGAAGAUAAGUUCAUAGAUGCCAUCGUAUUCCACACCCAGAAAGAAAGGCUAGAAAGAACACCUGGGGGCAGCAGAGUUGGUUCUUGCCAAUAAUGAUGACCUGGUCAUUGGGCAGCUCAUAACUUCUCCAGGGAGGAAAAGGAUGUAGCAGCAGUUGUGUCUUAUGGGAAGUCCCAGGCAACAUGGCACAGUUUCCCUUUGAUAAUAACAAUUGGCCAGAGUGAGGCUGUAGCCAUGCUUGCUCGGGAGCUUCAUGAGUAGUCUAUAAGGUCCUUGUACAGGAUCACGUAAGGAAGACCAUAGUCCCUGUAGAUAGAUAGUGUGGGUGACGGUGUCUCCAGAGUCCGUGGGGAUGCAAAUGGUACUAUCAAGAUAGCACAGCCUUGGUGGCUAUGUGCGUGGCUGGGUGUUGGUGGUCUUGAGCAUGAUCUGGAUUCAUUAUGAUUGGCCUAGGGUUCAGGGAGCCUUGGUAAGCAGUAUAAAGUAUGGUGUCAACUCUGUCACCCAAGUUGGUGACAAUUAAAUCCUCCAUGGAUAUCUCGGGGUCAGGAUGCUUCUCUUGCUCUAGGCCAUGUCACCCACGUAGGAAACCUGGCCAGUGCCACCAUCAUACCCCAGUGCAUUGGGCUACCCACCAUGCAGCAGGAGACAGACUUGGAAGCAUCCUUACCUCUCUGAAGCCAGCUCUGUUAGCGCCAGUGCAGCAAUAUCUGCUUCCGUGGCAAAUGGUGACAGGUGGGGACCCAGCAGUGGAGUAUCAGAGACAAGCUCAUGCUUGCCAGGUAAACGUGGAUACUACAGAGCAUCUUCCCUUAUAUGUAAGGAGCUAUUUUUACAGCUUCUUGGGUAUGAAGUAAUUUUAGGCAGCACCAACUGCAAAUGACCCAAAUACAUUAGUAUAGGUAAUUAUCUACAGUGGCUGAUUCCACCAACCUUGAUUCUUGGCUUUUGUCACUUUAGCCCUGGAAUCCUAUAUUAGAUUAUAUGGGGAGAAAACAAAAAUUCUGAACUCCUAUAAUUUCUCAUUAAAUAAGGCUGAUGUGUGCCUUCCCUCUCCCCGUCCUGUCAUGGGAGCUGACAAAUUACUACCUCUCACAUCAACAGAACUUGUGUUUUUAGAGCAUUGGAGAAUAGAUGCAAGGUCUCAUGAAUGCUAGGUAAACUCUCUACAACUCCCAGCCCUGGCAAGCUUUUUUUCCUAAGUUUUGUAUCCACCUUAGGCCUUAUUUGUAUGAACAUCUACUUAUGUAUUAACCUUAUAAAUUUUAUGAACCUGUAUAGUUUUUAAGUCUCAAUGACUGGUGAUGUGUAAAAGAUUUGCCCAGUAAAUACUUUAAUGUGUGAAUAAUACAUGAGGUAAACUUUAUAAAGGUUUUAAUAUAAGAGGUCUUAACUGAUGUAAGAAAAAACAGGAAUGAGAAGUUGAUGUUGUAAAUAAACUUGCUUAGGAAGUGCUUAGUAGAAUUUAGCAAAAGAAGCACUCUCUUAGCAUAAUUCUGCCAGCCAGGCGGGAUUGCCAUGGUUAGCAGCUGCCUGGGAAAAGCAGUGCUCAUCUGUCUUGAUGGUUAUGACAGUACUUUACAUUGUAAAUUUACCCCAUUGAUACAAACAACCAAAUCUUGUCAUCUCUAACUGUGAAAUGUAGUUAAUGACUCAAAGUAUAACUUGGAGCCUGGAAACUAUAUUGGCUAGCAGGGAUUUCUGUUCAGGGCCAGUUUCCCUUUGUACAUUAGCCAGAAGCAGUCAUGUGCUAAUACUUAAAAGAGCUUUCCCUUUAUUAAUCUCUAAGAGAUGGAAUAACUUCUCCUUGGGAAGGCGUAUGAUUUCUAUGACAUCACCCAUUCUGCUGCUUCUAAUGCUUAAAGAUGUCUAUUCUAAGACUAGACUCAAGAGACAACUCUUCUAGAGACUUUGGCCAAACUACAAAUUAAACUGGCACCAACUGGAUCACUAGAAAAACCAAAUUCUGUGGGGUUCAAGAAUCCCACAAAAUCUGAGACUGUCAGAAAAUUGGUGCUUAGAUCCUAUCCUCAGAACAGGGUUUAGGGCUCCUAGAAACCGCAAGAGCAGAGAAAACUAUAGUGAAUAAAGGUGGUCUUGUGGACAUUGUGAGAUCUUUGAUACAUAAAACUGCCAAUUGUAAAUAUAUAAAUUUUCAACUUGUGUAUUAAAAAAUGGAAAAAGU